UCGUUUUCUCCCACUUUUUUUUUUCUUUUUUUUUUUUUCCAAACCAUGCUUCUCGCAGCAGCAAGAGCUCGAGUUUGCCUUACCAGCGGACGGCACAUUGCCACCAUCACCACCACCUUCACUGCAGCAGCCACCACACUUGCAGCAACCCGAUCGUCAUCCACAGUGCCGGUCGCCUCAGUCGCAGCAGCAGCAGCAGCAGCAGCAGCAGCAGCAGGCAACAAGAAGCAGACCAAGGCGCAGCCUCGCAAGGCCUCAUCCCGCGGCAAGACCACCACGCCGCCCGCCUCUCCAUCAUCCCCUUCAUCCCCUUCAUCAUCAUCAUCAUCCUCCACAUCGACGCAGGCGGAACAGGGCCAGACAAAGACCAAGCCAACGUCCGCGCUCGGCCUGGCGCGGUUCCAAGUGCCUGCCGCGAGCGUCGUUGGCGUCUUUGCAAGUACGAUCGCCCGCCACCAGGGCUCCAAGCGCAGCACUCGAGCUGCAAACCUGGAGCAGAUUGUACAAACAUCGAUGCAGCUGCACCCAGAGCUGACCGCGGGCCGCCCGCCGCGAGCCUUGCACAAGUCGCUCAAGCCGGCCGCACAUGCGUCCCACCAACUGCUCAAGGGCAUCCAGUCGACCAAGGAGUUGCAAGCCGUCAUUGCCGAUUCUAUUGGUGCUCAGCGUCAAGCGCAUGUCGCCCGCGUUUCGAUGCCCGCCACCCUGAGUGCCAUGCAGGAGCACCCCCUCGCAUCGUCCCAGAUGGCCGAUCCGUUCGAUAUGAUGCAGGAAGCAGCAGACCAAGAAGAAGAGUUCGAGGCCAGCACCGAGCCCUACAACAGAAGCGAGCUCGAUGGCGAGGAUGCCGAGAACGACGAGUUUGAGGCAGAUCUCAAGCGACAAGUGCAGGAGGUCGAGGAGCAGCUCUCGGACAUCCAGCAAGCGGUCGGCGUUACAAAGGGAAGCGCUGACAUGGAUGACAUGGAUAGCGAAGACUUUUAUGAACAAGACAGCGGUCGUGGUCUCCGUUCUGAAGGCGACCCAGCGAUCGACAUCCUGCACUCGAGCCGCUUUGCGCAUUCCGUGCCGGAUUCCGAGAUGUUGCUGAAUGUCGAUCGCAAUGUGCUGGUGCAUCCGACAACCCGCGAGCACGUCUCCUUGUUCAUUGAAGAUAUGGUUGAGGAAGAGGAACAAGAGCGCCCGGCAACUCCGCCCACCCGCUCCGGACCUCGACAGAAGGAAAAGGAGAUUUGGAUUAACGUUGUUCGACUGGGCGAAUAGUUGCGGCAUUUGUUUUUUUUUUGGCUGCAAUCUUUGUGUUGCUCGUGUCGUCGCUAUUGCUUUGCAUGCACAAGCUGUUGUCCUGGCCCACCCCUUUUCAUCUGCCAUAAACAUUUACAGACUC